AUCCCUCAUGAUGGGACAGUGUCAUUGCCAUCAGGCACAAGUGCAGCAAAGUCACAGAUUACGACCAUUUAUCAUCUACAACUCUCUGAGCUACCCUCCCCUCUCAAGAUGAAGAUCUCCCCCGUUUCAAUCGGCUUCAUCCUCCUCGCUGCCAUGGGUGUGGCUGCUACCCCGCUUAAUCAUGCCGAAUCUGUCGGCGUGAGAAGCGAGAACAAUGUUCAAGUCAAAUACGAUGGACAAUGUCGGAAGAGUGAAAAUCAAUGCAGGUACACCGCGCAAAGUGGAAGGACGGCUAUUUGCAAGUGCCAGUUCCGAAAGUGUAGUAAGGACGGUGCCAAGUGCAACUUUGACUCCUACAACAGGGAUUGCAACUGCUAUUAGUGCGUUGUGUAUGGCUGGCUCUGGACGAUGUCAAUGUGUGUCCCGUGGAGUCAUAUGAGUCUCACGAUGCUGGGAAUCUUAGAUAGUGAGAGGAGUGGGAAUCGCUGAAUGUUGCUACUUAUUGCUCUUUGUCUUACGAACUGAGGGGUUUAAAUU